AUGACAGCUGGAACUGUAGUGAUCACAGGAGGAAUCCUAGCGUCUGUAAUACUACUUUGUAUUAUUGGAGUACUAUGUUACUGCAGGCUUCAGUAUUACUGCUGUAAAAAAGAUGAGCUACAUGGUGAGGCAGAAGAGGAUCCAGCUCACCAACCUCACUCCCACUUUCCCUGCCAUGACUGCUCUUCUGCCCAUCUUGAUGGAGUGUUUCCUCCAUAUGUGGCACCAGCUUACUCUCCAUAUGGCUCUCCUUAUAUCAUUCGGACUGCAGAUACCAUGUGCAAUGGAAGAGAAAGAGAUUCCUUCACUCCAACUCACUAUGCAGAGGCUGGACCUUUACUUGUGAUGGGCACUCCAAAUCUUUCUAGAGGGCUACAUGCUCUCAGUACCCAAGUAUGA